UGUUGAUGCAGAUUACUUGUAAAGAUGCCAGGAAUUCAAUUUGGGGGGCACACUUUGAAAUCCCAUGGAACAAAGGUUGCAAGAGUCCACUUGCAUGACUGGAUAAUUCUCCUGCUCUUGGUACUAAUAGAUGCUGGCUUAAAUCUUAUAGAACCAUUUCAUCGCUACGUUGGGCCUGAGAUGAUGACAGAUCUGAAAUACCCCUUGAAAAUUCCAGACACUAUACCAUUUUGGGCAGUUCCAAUUUUUGCAAUAAUUGUCCCCUGCACAAUAUUUCUCAUCUAUUAUCUCAUCAGAAGGGAUGUUUAUGAUUUGCAUCAUGCUACAUUAGGCAUUCUAUUUUCGAUACUCGUAACUGCAGUCAUCACGGAUUCCAUCAAAGAUGCCGUUGGUCGACCACGCCCUGACUUUUUCUGGAGGUGCUUCCCUGAUGGAGUGCCGGUGUUUAAGAAGGGAAAUGGGGAUGUGCUGUGCUCAGGAGACCAAAGUAUUAUCAAAGAAGGAUACAAAAGCUUUCCAAGCGGGCAUACUUCAUGGUCCUUUGCUGGCCUUGGUUUCUUGUCAUGGUACUUAUGCGGGAAAAUUAAAGCAUUUGAUCAGAGGGGGCAUGUGGCAAAACUCUGCCUUGUCAUUCUUCCUCUUCUUGUUGCUGCGCUAAUUGGUAUUUCACGUGUGGAUGACUAUUGGCAUCACUGGACGGAUGUAUUUGCUGGAGCUUUAAUAGGAUCAGUAGUUUGCUCUUUGUGCUACCUGCAGUUCUUCCCCUUUCCACAUGGCAUAAAUGGGGGGGCUACUCAUACAUUUCUUCGACUGCUGGAGGAAAAUGGUUCAAAGAAUUCAACAAACAUAGAAAUGGAUCACAUGCGAAACCACGUAACAGCAACUCCUGAAUCCAGAAGCCAAGAUUUAGAUGCAAUGGAAAAUGGAAGGAGAUAUUGAUUGCAAAUUCUCAGAUUCAGUACAUAUUAUGUUAGACCUGGCUGCUACAUAGGAAUUAUCAAUAUAUAGCUUCUACAAAUUCUUUGUUUGUACUUGUAAAAUCUCAAUCUGGUUAUCAGAAGCGGUAAGAGAAUCAAGUACAACCUACAGCCUCAAAGAUCACACAUAACCUUAUCCCCCUUCGCCAAUUAUCCCACACUUUUGGGCUCUUUCUGUAGCUAUGCAGAUAUUGCUUAAAUUCAAUUUUGAUUU